GAAGUAUUUUGCAAUGGAAAUGGAGAUAACGAAAAUCACCAGUGGCGCAUCCAAUUGAUUAACAAACCAAUAAAAUAUGGAUCGACCGUCGUUUUAGCACAUGCGCAAACUCAAAAAUAUCGGAAUGCCGAUAGUCAGCAAAAUAUGGUUGUUGGUACUGAUCAAGAAAUUGACUUUAAAAAAAGUCUCUGGAUGAUAACAGGAACUCAUGGUGCAAACGUAAAAAUUGGAGACACUGUGCCUUCUAAUACUAUUAUUAGAUUUGAAAAUCGAGGAACAGCCGGAUAUCUACAUUUCCAUCAUACUCUUAAUGGAACAAUGUUUAAUCAACAGCAAG